AUGCAAAUAGAGCAUAGACCUACACAUAACUUGCGGUCAAUUCAACAGAGAGUAAAAUUCCUUUCGAGUUUGAUAUAUGACCCAAAAUUUUACAGGAUUAUAAACACUGUGAUUUCAGAUCCCUCAAAACUUGACUGCACUUUGGGGACGUUAUGUUACUUUACGCUGUUAGUGGGUGCUGUAUUAAAUAGAUAUCCUCAGUGGAAGGUAGUUUUGCAAAAAUUGUGGAGCCGAAUAUUAUCAUUGCGUCAUAAAUUGCUGUCUAAAGUUUGGGGUAAAACUCAGCCAAAACCUUCAAGUGAACCUUUGAAGACUCCAGAAGCUGAGACAGAGAAAGUCUGCAAAUAUGAAGAAAGUCAAAAAUCUAUGGCGGAAGGUUUGGAGAGGAUGGAAAAAAUAUUAAAACAAUUUUCAGGAUAUAUUACAGACAUUCGAAUCUUCAACAGAGGAUUUUCAAUACCAUCUUGCAUUGCAGAUGUUCUUGAAGCUGGCUCCUUAUUGCAAAAAAAGGACUACUUGGGCUUUGUUUCUACGUGGUGCAUCUCCCUCUACCAACCGCUUGAAACGAUUGCGUUCCUCUUCGAUCAUAACUGGUUGUUACCAGGGAGAGAAGGAAAUAAUUGCAACUGGUGGUAUGCAAUAUCCACCAGAUUUUGGUUUGCGUGGGUAGUCGCCGAAUUUUCGCAGUUGACUUACAAAUUGUUAAUUAUGAAGCGUGGUAAAAACGUUGACAAAGAGGAGCUCAUCGCUUUCAUUGAACAUUUGGCCACUUUGCCAUUGUGUGUUCAUUGGAGUUUGGAAGAUGGUUGUUUAGACGACCUCAAAGUAGGUCUGCUUGGUACGAUCGCUGGCGGCUUGAGCACCUUUGAUAUAUGGAGAGGAACUUGGGGCACCAUUUUGAAGGAGUGCCGUUGA